AUGAAGUUUUACUCGUUACUUGCAUUGGCCUGCGGGUUAUGCCACGUUGGUGCUGCUCCCAUUAGAACAGUUUUGGUCACUCAUACCAUCUGGGUGACUCAAAAGGCGGCAGUUGAUUCUACAGAAGCUACUUCAGUUAUCUCCGCCACAACACCAGCUGUUGAAACUGCCACAACCACUGGUGGUUUCUUAGACAAUAUAUUAAAUGCCGCUUCUGACGGAUCUAACAUCUUUCAAGUGUCUGCUUUGGACGUUCAAUUGGGUGUGGCUAAGAGCUCAGCCACAGUUGUUACAUCGGCCACUACGACUGUUUCUACGUCCGCCGCCACUGCUACUACUACUUCCGCCAUUGAAUCAACCACGGUUGGUACUUCCACCGCCGCCGCUGCUGCCUCCUCCACAUCACCCACUGGGUCCAUCUACUCCGGUCAAGGUACCUUUUACGAUACCGGUUUAGGAGCCUGUGGUUGGACUAGCACAGACUCUGACUACAUUGUGGCCAUUGAUAUCAAGACAUACAAUGCCCACAAUGUCGACAGCAACCCCAACCACAAUAGUUUGUGUGGGAAGAUGAUUAGAGCCUUUUACCAAGGCAAAUCUGUUGAUGUGAAGGUUGUGGACGCUUGUGAAGGUUGUAAGGUCAAUGACUUGGACUUUUCACCCAGUGCUUUCCAGCAAUUGGCUAAUGAGUCUCUUGGAAGAAUUGAUAUCACUUGGGAAUGGUUGUAG